GCCCCGUCCGGCUCUGGGCGCGUGUGCCGGGGACCACUGCCCCUACUCUGCAGAUCGGGCCCCGAAGCUGGCUUACCGGGGAGAAGGGCGGGCUGCGCGGACGAACCCCUGCGGGGGGGGCUCCUGGGUCCGCGCGGCCGCGGGGGGGGCGGGUGCCGCGCACAAUUUUCGGUUGGCCAGCUCCGCUCCGGGAUCCCCUCCCAGAAGGUCCCCGAGAUGAAGGGAGAUCCGGGCGGGGGAGGCUAGACCGGGACGAGAGAACCCCCUGGCGCCUCUGCCCCCCGUCCCCUAACGCCUUCCCGAAGGAUAGGUCGGACCGGCUCCCGGACCCAAACUCUCGGAGGACCAGGAGACAAAAUGUCAUCACAAUUUUUUCCGAUAUCCCUGGCUUCCGAAGAUAAAGGAAAAGAUGACUCAGUCAAAAAGGACAGGCCAUACAAGAUCUUUUUCAAAGAUCUCUUUCUUUUCAAAGAAAAUGAAAUGGCAGCAAAGAAAAAGGAAAAAUUUAUAAACCGCAGCAUGAAAGUCUACCAAAAGUCUACCUUUUCAUCUCGAAUGAAGAGUCGUUCACACCUGGGCCAAGUAGCAUUCUACUCUGACGCAACUGGUGGCUCAUUUGAAAAAUUUGGGUUAGAUCCCACUCUUAUUCUAAGAUUAACAGAAGGUGCAGACACAAAAAGGACACUUCAUGAAUUUAUUAAUGACCAGAGAGACAGGUUUCUGCUGGAGUAUGCCCUGUCAACCAAAAGAAAUACGAUUAAAAAGUUUGAAAACCACAUGGCAGUGAAGGAACAGCAACUCAUAAAAGCAGAAAAAAAGCUCCAAGAAGAUGCAAUGGCCUUUGAAGAGUUCCUUCGAGAAAAUGACCAGAGAUCUGUAGAUGCUCUGAAAAUGGCAGCACAGGAAACUAUCAACAAGCUCCAAAUGACCACAGAGCUAAAGAAAGCCAGUAUGGAAGUGCAGGCAGUGAAAAGUGAGAUAGCAAAAGCAGAAUUCCUUCUUAGAGAGUACAUGAAAUAUGGAUUUUUUCUGCUGAAAUUGUCUCCAAAACACUGGCAAAUCCAGCAAGCACUGAAAAGGGUGCAAAUGACAACGAGCAGAGACAGUAUGAAUGUUAGUCUUCCAGUACUAGCAAAAUUAAAUAGAAGGAAAACAGAGAGCAAUAUUGAGGAAUCCAGGAAGAUAUCAUUUUCAGAUGACUAUUAUAUGGAAAGAGGUAGCCAAGGAAAACCACGCAAGAAGACCACUCUCACCCUAGAGAACAGGAAAUCAUCCUUAUCAACCCACACUGACAGUAUCAGUUCAGAAGACAGUUUGGAAUUAUUUUUAGACGAGGAUAUGGACUAUGAUCUGGAGCCAGAGCUUUAUUUCAAAGAACCAGAAGAGUUACUUCAAGUCCUCACAGAGCUGGAAGAGCAGAAUCUAACUUUGGUACAAUAUUCCCAAGAUGUAGAUGAAAAUCUUGAAGAUGUAAAUAAAAGAGAAAAACUUAUACAGGAUAAAAUAAAUAGCAAUAUAGAGUUUCUUCUGGAGCACAAGGAAAUGCUUAAGGCUAGCUGUGUGAGAGAAGAGGAAAAAGCAGCAGAAUUGGAAUUAAGGUCCAAGCUAUUUAGUUUUGGAGAAUUUAAAUCAGAUGCUCAGAAGCAGGAAUGGGGGCAGGCUGCUACCUGGAGAACGAUUUACUUUGCCCAUCAGUUUAUUGAGAUCCUCUUAACUGCGAAUGCCGGGUACACGGUGGAGAAAGAGCCUGAGAGUUACAUGGUCCCGAAACACAUUACCUACAAGCUCGAACAUAUCUACCAACAGUUAAGACGGCGCAGUGGCCAGGAAAAACUGAUAGACUCUCUUAGUAAAAAGAUUAAUCAAGUAUACAAAGUCUGCACUGGAGAUGCUGAUGUCGGCAGCCUCAACCCAGUUCAAAAGCUGGUAAAAGUAGAGUCUCGCCUGGUGGAAUUGAGCGAUCUCAUUGAAUCCAUUCCCAAAGAAAAUGUGGAGGCAAUUGAGAGGAUAAAACAGAAAGAACGACGGCAAAAGUUACGUGAAGAGAAAAUGAAAGAAAAACAAAAACACCAAGAGGAAAGGCUAAAAGCUGCUCUAGAAAGAGCAGUAGCACAACCAAAGAAAAAGGUAAUAACAAGCAUAUAUCUCAAAGUUCAAAAGAUACAACAGUAUUUAGUGAAAACUGGGAAGACAACUUGUCUAUCGCUCAAAACCUCCAUCUGGUAACAAACAUGAACUACUUUUAGUCAAGGAUACAAGAACAAAAUCACUAGAGGAAGAAUAUUUUUUCACUUGAAUAGGAGCAGUAAGACAUUCAUUACCAGAACGUUCUAGGCAUAUUCUGUAGAUUCUGGUUUUCAAUAUUGGCAAUAUUCUGCCCCAUAUGCUGGCCUAACCAAUUUGAGGAAGACAGGCACUUAUUCUAGCGGUUAUAGGAUUGGGAAGGAGUUUUCUUUUGUUGAAGCUUUUUAGUAUCAUAUACUAAGUACAAUUCCAUAUAGCUAAACAUUUAUAUCUCAGUUGCCCCAGUUGGGGAUACACAUCCAAAGUUUACUUUAUUGGUGUAACUAUGUGGUGAAUGGCCAUUGAGUUGCAAUACUGGCAUUCUGACAACAUGGGACUUUAAAUGAACUAAUUUGUUUUUAAUCAGUCCACAGUUCAUAGUAUACUUUUAUCACUGUGGAGUAUACAUUUUAAGGAUGUAUAACUCUAAAACAUCUAAAUGGUUUUGAAGAGCUUAAAACUUAAGCGAAACCACUAGUAUAUUCUCAGAAUAUAACUGCGAGACUGUUUUUUUUGUUUGUUUGUUUUUUGUGAGACUGGUUUUUAAUUAACAUUAAGGAGUUCUGUUCAGAACACUUAAUUCUCUUAAGUGAACAAACCAUAUGCCUUCAGCCUAAACAUCAGUUCACAAUUUCUGUUGUGCUCUAUAUCCACAAUCAUUUUAAUUUUCAGGUGAUAUUUCAAUUUUCGAUAUAACACGUACGUUAUUAGCUUACACUGACAUAGAAUUAACAUGUAAUUUGUUGACUACUGAGUAAAACAGUAUAUAAUUAGUUCUAAGAAUAUAUUUAACUUUAUACCUGUCAAGCUGUUUCAAAAAUAACUUUAAAAGAAACAGCUGUUCUUAAAAGGUCUCAGUUAAUAUAUAAUCACAAAAAAGGGCUGAAAUUCACCUUCAUAAAUGUUUAUGAAGCAUAUAAUUUUCCCCUAUAGAAAAAGAAUACUGAGCUUACAAAAGAAAACCAACUCGAAUGAAGUUGAGUGGCUCUUAAAGUAUUACUCCUUUGAAUAAUCUUUCUACUGUUUCAACAUUUGAACUCUGCAUUUAAAAUAUCUGAAUAUGAAUAGUUCAUGAGUCAAGUUGAAAAAAAAAA